CCCGCGCGUCCGGCGAGACUCCGGGGGGAAAGAGCCCCGAGCGGAGCAGCCUGGCCGCGUGCCGCCUCCCGAGCCAGCAGCCCCCAUGCCUGCAGGUUACGGGGUGAUGGGUGACGAUGGCUCUAUGGAUUAUAGCGUUCAUGAGGCCUGGAACGAAGCCACCAAUGUUUACUUGGUAGUGAUCCUUGUUAGCUUUGUUCUCUUCAUGUAUGCCAAGAGGAAUAAAAGGAAAAUUAUGAGGAUAUUCAGUGUGCCACCUACAGCAGAAACUUUAUCAGAGCCCAGCUUUUAUGACACAAUGAGCAAAAUCCGUUUAAGACAACAACUGGAAAUGUAUUCCAUCUCAAGGAAGUAUGACUAUCAGCAGCCACAAAACCAAGCUGACAGCGUGCAACUCUCUUUGGAAUGAAAUCACAGAAAACGAACAACAUAAGUAAUGGUUCAGCAGUCUGGUAGUAAGCUCCUAAAUAUACUAAAUCAUGGACAGCAUUUUUUUUUCCAAACCCUACGUCCCUAAAAUCACUUCACUUGUCAUUUCUCUCCAGUUUUAUUUUUCUUUUCAAAAUUAUAUCGCCAAGUCAUUUAUUAUACCAAAAAAGGGGGAAGGGGAAACAGGGGAGGAACAGACUAUAACCAGGGAUGGUGAUUUUACCUUGUGAAGACCUUUGAUUUCUUCAGGAUACAGUCAGUGAGGAAUAGAAAUACAUCUUUGGAAGUGACACUGGAGAGUAUGCCACUGUGAUUUAAAACAUUUUUGUGAAAUUCAAAAAUAAAAAUCCAGUCCUUGGAAGAAUAUCAUCCUCUUCAGUCGUAUUCUGUGAUGAAUGUAAUACAGGUAGUGGACAAAUUUGUGUUCUCACUGCUGUCCUUACUGCGCUUUAAUUGAAUUAACGAUCUUCGCUGCUUCCGCACUUGUGCAGGAGACUGUCUUUUCUACUCUCUGCUAAUUGUGGAAGCUUUCUGGGAUUGGAAUAUUUUCCCUUCAUUGUGUUCCCAGGAACUUGUUUGCAUUUUUUUUUUUUUUUAAAUCCCCCAGUUUCAUCCCAUCAGAACAGUCUUCUUUGGACCAUGCCGGAGGCAUGCCGCUGAAUAAUAUACCCCUGUAUACUGGUGUUGGCAACUUGCUUCUUGGCCGUGUAACUCUCAAGUUUAAUGUGACUGGUUCCUUACACUUUUCUAUUCUAGCAUAAUUAAACUUCCCUGAAAACUCUCCUUUCUUGUACCGUACAUUGAAAUGUUUUUACCUAGUUUUUCAAGUUUAUUUAAAUAAAAGCUUGUGGGAGGUAGUGGCCGGGAAAUUUACCUGUCCCCAUCACUGUCGUAGAAUUAGUUUUUGAAUCAAAGCUCGUCUUGAUUUUAAGAGUUAGAGUUAAUAUUUCAAGCAUUGUUUCCUUUUCCCUUUAUAACUGUGAAGUAAAGAACAUAAAUUUUAAAUGGAAAGAUUUAGACUAAAUAAAAUUAUGGAGGGAAAUUGCA